AUGGCUCUUGUACAUUCAAAUAGUUGUGAUUGCACGAAAUCUGAAUUGGAUAUAUUCUCUCUGCCUCCCACACAAACUCACAUAGAGAAUGGAUAUGAAGUUUGCUACAAACCUAUAUCGUCGCUGGCUGAAGAUGCCCCUAUAGAGUUUAUAGUGCCUGGCCAGGGUGAUGAAUACAUCGAUUUAUCCCAGACUUACCUGGAAAUUAAAGCGAAAAUUGUCAAAGCUGAUGGUACUAAUUUGGUUGCUGCCGACGAUGCUACUAUUGGACCCGUUAAUAACUGGAUGCAUUCUCUUUUUUCGCAAGUGGACGUUUAUUUGAAUCAGAAACUUGUCUCACCAAGCAGCAAUGCCUAUCCUUACAGAGCUUACAUUGAAAACUUAUUGACGUACGGCCCUGAAGCUAAAGACUCUCAUCUCACAAGUGUCUUGUGGUAUAGAGACACUCCUGAACAUAUGGAGGCCGCCGACAAUGAAGGAUUAAAAAAACGUCGAAGUUUCACUUCUCGGAGUAAAAUAGUUGCUAUGGAAGGACACAUUCAUUCGGAUAUUUUCAACCAGGAAAAGUUUUUGCUUAAUGGUGUUGAAUUGAAAUUGAAAUUUAUUCGGUCACGGCCUGAGUUUCAUCUGAUCGGUAACGCUAAUUAUAAAACUAGUAUUUUGGAAGCUAACUUAUGGAUCAGACGUGCAAAUGUGGCUCCAAGUGUUAAGUUGGCUCACGCUGCGGGUCUCUCAAAUGAAACAGCAAAAUAUCCUAUAACCAGAGCUGAUGUGAAGGCCAAUACUAUAGCCGCUGGAGUUCAAAGUGCCUCUCUGGAUAACGUGUUCAGCGGUCAGUUACCCACACGUAUUAUUGUGGGCAUGGUCUCUAACGCUGCUUUCACGGGUACUAUAGGCAGCAACCCUUUCAAUUUCCAACAUUUUAACCUAAGUCACGCAGCAAUUUAUGUUGAUGGACAACAGAUACCCGGGAAAAUUCUUACUCCUGAUUUUGAAUCCGGCGAUUUCAUUAGAGCAUACCGUACUUUAUUCUCUGGGACUGGGAUCAACUACUCUAACUCUGGUAAUCAUAUAGCACGUGACGAGUAUGCUAAAGGCUAUACUCUUUUCGCUGUUGAUUUCACUCCUGAUUUAGAGGCGCACAUGAAAUCUCACUGGUCUCUGGUUCGCCAAGGAAGUUUAAGAUUUGAGUUGCGGUUUAAAGCAGCUUUAGGUGAUCCUGUGACAGUGAUUACGUACGCAGAGUUCGAUAACGUUAUCGAAAUAGACCAGAGUCGUACUGUGAGUGCUGACUACGGUGCCUGA